AUGGCGUCCAAGAGCGGCACCACUGACAGUCCUACCGACCCUGUUUCUAAAGAUGGAUUCUAUCGAGCCUUCCGCGCCGCUUGCAACAAAGGGCUCAAAGACAAAAACAGGGGACCGACUGUGGCCCAAUAUCUGGGUGCUCUCAUGACACGGCCUAGGUACAGUGAGAAAAAACUGCCAAAGUCGUGGCAGGCGUUUGCUACAGCGGAGCCCGAAAUUGCCUCGAUGCUUCGCCGUAGCGCAGCUGAAUUCCGUGUCUCUGUUCACGGAAAGCUCGUCAAGUUGGGCGAUAAGAAAAAAUCUACCGCGAAGUUUCUGAUCGUCUCCAACCCCGACUAUGUAAUGGGCACGGCCACAUUUCCAGACCUGUCUGGCGAUCCCGCUAUCUCCGAGAAGGCUGAAAAAGACAAGGCAAAGAAGUCAAAAGGGAAGGAGAAGGUAGUGAGAAUAAAUGAUGAAGAUGACAACGGCAAUUAUGACUCUGACGAUUCCGAUCAACCAUUGGCUAUCAAGCGGAAAAUUUCUGCGGCCUAG